ACAACAACAAAGCGCUGACAUUGAAAAGGCGAGAAUUAAACGAUAAUUGUUGGAGUUUGCAAUUAGAGCGAGAGGGUGAAUGGGUAAAAAUCGAUACGCAGAGAAGCAGCGAUGGAGCAGCGCGCCAACUUCCUGGCUCUGACCCUCCUGGACGCCCUGGAGGACGAGAACGAGUCGGACAUCCUGUCGAUGCUGGAGCGGAACAGCAUAAACGCAGGCAUUGCGCCCUGCGAUCGAGGGCUGGCUCCCCUGCACUACGUGUGCGGCAUGCAGAACGUGGAACUGGCUCAGCGCAUCCUAAAGCGGUUCCUCGAGUGCCCCGACCUCGACGUGGAUGCCCUCUGCGACGGACAGACCACGGCGCUGCACAUCGCCAGUCUCUACGGACGCACGGAGCUGGUAAGGAUGCUGCUGGAGCGCGGUGCCCGGGCGGACCUGGCCGACGAGGAGAACAAGCUGCCCGUCCACUACGCCAUCGAGGAGUGCCACUUCGAGGUGCUGCAGCUGUUGCGGGACCACAUCUUCCGCGAGAAGCAGCGCCAGAAGAGGCAGCAGCAGCGGGUCCAGGUGGUCGACGCCCUGACCCCCAACCAGCAGAGGUACAACCACGACGUCACCUCCCCAUACUACAUAAAUAUCACCCACAGGCGGCAUCGUCCGCAGCCAAAGUUCCCAGAGCCGCCGGAGGUCGAAUGCCCCUCGAUUCCACCCCUGCCGGACGAGGAGUCGGUCAACCUGUUCGCCCUCACCGAGGCCCACCUCACGCAGCUCAUCCAGAGCCAGCGGGAGAACCAGACGCUGGACCCCGACCAGCCGAAGCGGCGAACGCUGAUCGAGAGCUGGCGAGAAAAGGUGGAGCGUUCGCGCGCCCGCCAGUCGCUGCUCCACCAGUACGACGAGCACGUGGAGGCGCUGGUGGACGAGGCCCUAGGGCAGGAGGAUUUCAGCUACGAGCAGCACCUGCAGCAACAGCUGCGGGGCGAGGAGAAUCCGAAGGGCCAGCCGGAGGACGCUCCCUGCUCGGGCCGCCAGGUGUUCGAGCUGCUGGUGGAGCAGGUCUCCCAGGCCGUGGUCGUGGAGCCGGAGCCAGAGCACAGCUUCUUCACGGCCCAGGGGGAGGAGGACGCCGCGGCAGAGAACUCUCCGCGCCAGGACGAGUACUUCCUGCAGAUCAAGGAGGCCUACGUUCACACCGACGACGAAAACGGCUUGGUUUUCUACGAGGCAAAGUUCCUGCAGAACAGCGAGGGGCGGGAGCCAACAAAACAGGCUCCCAGGGAGCGGAACCCCGAUCUGGAAAGCAGCGUGAGCACGAACCACACCCUCCCGCUGGACUACGAAACGGAUGCCCUGCGCCGCGAGUUGACCCAGCUGGGCGCCCCGGUCGGUCCCAUUACCAAGACGACCAAGCGGCUGUACAUCAAGCAGCUGAUCAAGUACAAGCGGAACACGGAGGCGCUGCUGGCCGCCCAGAAGCACGCCCAGGAGGCGCAGAUCCGCUACUCGGUGGAGCUGCAUCGCACGCUGCGAUCGCCGGAGGACUUCGCGAGGAUCAGCGACUACUUGCCGCACGAGGCGGCCUCGGCGGCGCACUUCGCCAAGUCCGGCGUAACCAAGAACAACGUGCGGGAGGGGCACCUCAAGCAGAGCUUUAUCUACAUGCUGAUCGAUCCGCGCAUCUCGCGGAACCUGCCCGGCGAGAGCGCUUUCCUCGAGAAGUUCGCUGUGUGGCAGCGGUUCCUCGACUCCAUCUUCUACGUCGGCAAGGGCAAGUCCUCGCGGCCGUACGCCCACCUCUACGACGCCAUGCGCCAGCACACCCGCCUCCACCAGAAGCGGGACAAGGAGAAGUCGAGCAGGGAGCGCGGCGGCGGCUUUCGAGCCCUGCAGCCAGAUGUUUUCCGCUCGCCGCCUCCGGGAGACGCAAAGAUGGGGAGCCGCAAGCUGGAGCGCAUCCUGGACAUUUGGCAGCAGGGCAGCGGAGUUGUCUGCCUGCACGUCUUCCACAACAUCUUGCCCAUUGAUGCGUACACCCGCGAGGCGUCCAUGAUCGACGCCUUGGGCCUGGCGCACCUCACCAACCUGAAGCGCGGCGAUUACUACGGACCCGCUCAGUCGUGGACGAUGAAGCAGAAGAAGCAGCUGGGCAUCGCGCUGCUGCUCAAGGCCAUGCACAUCUACCUGGCGGAGGGAGAGUCCCAGCUGUCGCCCAGCGACCUGAUCUGAGCAGGGAGCCGGAGGACCUGGCAAUAAGCACACCAAGUACAAAGUGCCGUGCGCAAUUCAAAAAUGUUCAAAGUUUGAUCUCAAGAUUGUGUAGAUGGAAAUGGAAAAAGGAUUGGAAGCCCUAUUAUAUGAGGAAUUGGAAAUCUGAAACUUGCGCCAAAAAUUGAAGUAUUUUAUGCGAGGGGUGAUUCACAUUCUUGUGCAUCCGAAUGUUUCCUCCUAAUUAACUUUUUCGGUGGCUAGUCUUAAUUAUGUAAACAAAAGAUUGAAAAUAAAAGUUAACGCAUUCAAGAUAAAGCAAGUGUUUGAUUCGCAGAAACCUUUCGCCAAGUGUUGAAUGUUUGUAAUUUGUGUUCAAAUUCAGUGGAAAAGAAACCAAAUUAUAAAUUUAACAUCCCCAUGUUAAAACUAUUAUUUUUCGUUUAUUCCUACGCAUGGUGUUGGCCAACAAUGCGAUUUGUAAAUACAAUUAUCGAUUUUUCUCACUUGUGUUUCCUUUUUUUUGAGCUGCUGUCAGCUCAACAAGUGGUUGUGCUCUCUAAUUUAAUGCUUAUUUUACUGCCCAACAGUAGGAUUGUCAGCCAGGAGUGAUGCAAGCGAAGAGUAAACUAUUAACUUUGUUUUUACUUCCAAACAAAUUUUUAAUAUUUCCUCAGCCGGCUGGGCGAAAACCACCCCAAUAAUGUUUGACCAAAUCUCGCUUGUGCAUUAGCAGCACUCGAACGCAGCAGCUGGAAUCACAACUACAAACACAAACGCAAGUGGAGCCCAAAAGCAUGCUGCACCUUUUGAAUUCGUUGCUUGAGAAAUUUUCGCCUGCGUGCGCAUACAAUUCCCAACUGGUUCUGGCAGUGCCUGCAUGGAGUAUAGGUCGAGCCGCAGUGGAAAGUUAUCUUUGCGCAGUGGCAAUACCGUAACCGAUGAAGUUCUACUGAGGUGCGGUUAUUGCUAGUUGAAAACUUUAACCAAUACCCCGCCAUGGGGACGUGAAAUACCGUCCACUACGGCAAUUUUUGGAAGCCCGAGAGGGCUAA